UACAAGAGUCAAAGGGUCUACAAAUGAGAAAUUGGAGGUUGACUUCGUUGCGUCUUCAUUAACUCUGACCAAUAUGUGUCGAAAUAAAUCAUGUCACUUCUGAUUUGUUUGUCAAAAAAAUCAACGGAUGGAUUCGAUGGAACCUCUGUCCGGGGGAGAAACUGCUUGAUUCAUUUACUCCAUAGUUUUAUCAUUAAUCACAUCCCCUCCAUUUCAUGAAAACUAUUUUCUUACAUUUUUUUACAUUCAACAUCCUUAAUAUAACUACAAGUAUUAGUUAGUAGUAUCAAUCAAAUGUAAAUUUUCAUAAAAUUAUUUUUAUUAAUCACUCCACUGCACAAAAACAUACUUUUAACGUGAAAGUUACAAACACACAUCUUACUUAAUUACCACUACAAUCAUCUAACCCACCCUACUUAUUUAAGUAGUAAUGUUUUAUUAAAUAAAAUUUAAGAGUUUAGACAUGACCAAACCGAAUUAAUUCUAACAAAACCGACUAAACUCUAAGUGAACUAAACCGACUAAACAAAAGUCUUGGACCAUUCCCCUAACUAUACAACACAAAUCGGCCACGAUCUAAGUGAACGAUGAGACAUUAAAUGACGGAAAGAUGGACCCAACGACCACCGCCUCCUCCGAAUCCAUCCAUAUAGUUAAUGCUCACCCAACUCUUUUCCUUAUUUUAUCAUCUCUCUCCAUAUUUACAUAGUUACUAUACUAUAUAAACGGAGCCAAAAGAUUGAGAACUAUCACUUUGUCUAUUGUGAUGAAGAGUGUUUUAAAUCUUUAGCCUUUUGAGUUUUCAGAUUCGUUUCAUACAUUGAACUCACUGGUUCUUUAUCAAAAAGAAUUAUCAUCAAAAAGAUUCAGAAAUAGCGUUUAGCUUCAACAACUUCUCAAAUGGCAGAAGAAGAAAUGAGAAAGCACCUUGUGCUGGCCAAACCUUUUUCAUUGGAAGAUGAAAAAGAUUCUGAGCACACAGCUUCGAAUGUCAUCCGCAAGAUCCUCAGCCUCUUCAAGACCGUACGUCCAGGAUCUGAUCUCACCAAUUUUCAGCUGCCACCUCAGCUGAACCUACCAAGAUCACAACUCCAAUGUUACGGCGAGAUGGUCUACAGCUUCGGCGGUCAGGAUCUGCUUGGGGAAUGCAGCCGCCGUGACCUUCCCAUCGAACGGUUUAAAUCGGUGGUGACGUGGAAUAUAUCCACACUCCGUCCGCUGGUCUUUGGCAUGUCUCCGUACAACUCGGUUCUCGGCGAGACACACCACGUCUCCAACGGUCACAUCAACGUCAUCGCCGAACAAGUAGUGCAUCAUCCUCCGGUGUCCGCACUUCAUGCGACUCACGAACAAGAAAAUAUCGACGUGACAUGGUGUCAAUAUUUCACUCCUAAAUUUCGUGGUACUUACGUGGACGUUGAGGUAAAGGGUAAAAGAGUAAUGAAGCUUCUGAAUCGUAAAGAGACUUAUGAGAUGGACCAACCGAGACUAAUCAUGAGAUUCUUACCGGCGCCGGGAGCUCACUGGGCCGGAAAAGUCAAGAUAAAGUGUCCGGAGACUAAUCUCGAAGCUGAGUUACAUUUGAUCUCCGAUUCCUUCAUUGAAAGAUUCAGAGGCAACAACAACAGAUCACUUAAAGGAAAGAUCUUUGAAUCUUCCUCUGGUAAUCAGCUCUAUAACAUCUAUGGCCAUUGGGACAGAACGGUAAUGGCAAAAAAUCUGAAGACUGGUGAGGUCGAGGUUAUCUACAAUGCCAAGGAGAAUAUCACAGGACUCAAACCUCCAACUGUCAAGAAUCUGCAGGAGGUAAUGGAGAGCGAGUCAACGAUGGUGUGGAGUGAAGUAAGUGAGCGUAUACUGAAGAAAGAUUGGGAAAGAGCAAGAGAAGCUAAGAUACUUGUGGAGGAGAAGCAGAGAGAGGCUCUGAAACAGAGAGAGACUUCUGGUGAGUCAUGGGUUCCCAAACAUUUCUCAGUGGUCAAUAAGGGUAAAGACUGGGACUGCUCACCGCUACAGCCCACGGUUCCUCCGGGGCCACUCGUCAUCACAGAGGCGCAAGGAGAAAUCUUAAACCGGUUUCAAGAUUCCAACACUCUAUGUUGAUAAUUAUAGCUCGAGUUAUUUUGCAACUAUAAAUUAAUAGAAAAUAGGUGGAUAAUGACAUUUCCGUCAAUAAGUAUUAAAGGUGAAUGAUAUUUUUGUUAAUUCAUUUGUGGUUGGAUGUGUGAACUAUACGUCAGGCUUUUGAGAAAGAGUCUUAUCAAGUAUUAUAUGGGAUUUUUCACAUCCGCAAUAUAUAACCUAAAAUAUUUUGUU